AUGACCAUAGAGUACGUCCUGGUAACUGGGGCUACUGGGCUGGUUGGCGCCCAUGUCGUGGAAUGCCUCCUGAAGAAAGGCUUUAAAGUUCGAGCUGUAGUCCGAUCAAAAACAAAAGCGCAACGGAUGGUAGACUCGCAAAAGAACUUUGCAGACCGAUUAGACUUUUACUAUAUUGACGACCUCACAACGCCCGGCGUGUUUCAAGAUGCUAUGACGGACAUAGACGGCGUCAUUCACCUUGCCAGCCCACUGAACUACCAAGUGGCCGAUAAAGAAAACGAGCUCAUUGUUCCAGCGAUAAAAGGUGUCCGGUCAAUACUUGAGGCCAGUAAAGGCAGCGAAGUGAAGCGAAUCGUCAUGACAUCUUCCUUCGGCGCCGUUCUUGACAUGGGCCGGGAAGAGAGCACCCCGUACACAUAUUCCUCGAGUGACUGGAAUCCAAUCACGUAUAGUGAGGCUAAGGACCCCGCGGCGACUCCUCAGGAUGCUUAUCGAGGGUCAAAGGUCUUCGCGGAGCAAGAGGCGUGGAAUUUCGUCAAGACGGAAAAGCCCCAAUUUGACUUGGUGACACUUUGUCCGUCGAUGAUCUUUGGACCCAUUUCAGGGACUCUGAACUCGCCGAAAGAUUUAAACGAGUCCAAUAACAUAUUGUGGAAAGUUGCAACAGGGGGUCCAUCAAAUCCCCUGCCACCUGCUCGGUUCAACUUCUGGAUCGACGUGCGAGAUUUGGCAGAAAUCCAUGUUCAAGCUCUGGUCAACCCAAAAUCGGGAGGAAAGCGAUACAUUCCAGUUUCUCCGGAAAAGUUCAAUUAUCAGCUUGUAUCAGAGAUCAUGCGGCGAGAUGUACCAGACAGCUCCAAGGAUUCCGUCUCCACAGGACUACAGGAGAUUAAAGGUCAUAUCAACAUGGACAUGACGGACAUGGAGCAGGACUUCCCCUCGCUUACGUUUACAACGCUUAGGGAGACGGUGGUCGACUUUAUGAAUCAGGUAUUACCAGUUCACAAAUUUUGAUAACCUAAUAUAGAGAAGAUCAAUACCUAAAUAGUACCUUGUUUGCAAUUUUUUUAAUUUAAAUUUCC